CUCCGGCCUGCCCUGGACUCUCUGCUUCUGAGUUGGCUUCGUCAGUCGAUCGAUGCAAUCGUCUUCGUGACACCCGACCCCCAUCCGGCCUUACUUUGUUAACAGACUUCUGUUCUUCUUUCGCGCGCGACACAUGGAUCGGCACCACCACGCGGAGUUAGGACAGGCAGGAAGGGUGAGGGACCGCGGCGGUUCCUCGUGGCUCACCCUUUUUGGUUUUUGCCUCCUCACCGGUAACACCGUCAUGGCCCUCUACCGCUCGAGAGACGACUUCUGGAGCAUCUCCUUCGUUGGUUUCUCCUACUUAAAUCUCGUCUUGCUCUUCUCCUUCCUGAGGUGGUUUGAGCGAGUGCCAGAGAGCCCUAGAAGACAUCGCAUGAAGGUCGCCGUCUGGUUGCUGACCACGCUGCUCACGGCCAUGUUCGCCUACAAGGUGGUCGCAGUCAUGCCAUUCCCGGUGGCGGUGCUCGUGUGGGCGAUGGCCAGUGCCACGGCGUUCGGCUUUUAUGCCUUCUUCAUCUACGAGGACGAAUAGGCCGGCGUAUUAGAUCGUACGGGACCUAUAUUCGAUCUUCAUACUCUAGAGAAAGGUAGAUUUUUUUUUUCUUUUCGAACCAAAAAGGUAUCAUGCAUGUAAUCAAAUGAGACGUUGAAAAGCCUCAUACAAGAGAACUGCCGGACACAUGUAUUAAACAAAUCAAAUGUGAUGUGCCAAAUAUGA